CUUAUAUGUCGAUUCUCUUAUUCAUAAAGAUUUUUGAAACGACCGAGGUCGGGUCUCGCUGCAAAUAUGGGAUCGAUUUUAAAUCUAGUAGUUUUUUCUGUAGUCCUAAUAAAUAGUGCAUACUCUAAAUCCGUACUGUCACCAUGCAAAAAGGAUGAUUCGGAAUGUAUAGAAAACUCAAUAAAUGCGGCAUUCCCGACGCUUCUCUCCGCGAAUCCCGAACUUGGGAUUGAGUCAUCGGAUCCUCUUCAUGUAGAAUUUAUAGAAGGAGAUCUCUCCAUUAUAAAAUACAAGUUCAAAAACGCCAUUUUAGAGGGAUAUAAACAAUGCGCCGUUUCCAAUGUGAAAACCGACAUCAACGCAUUGAAAUUCCACUUAGAACUGAACUGUCCGAAGUUCCACCUUUCUGGUGACUACACGAUAUCUGGACGUCUCAUCAUUCUACCAGUUGAGGGAACGGGCACCUUUGAUAUGGCAUCCACCACAUACAAGACUAUUGUGGAUGGUGAAUUGAAGAAAACGCAAGGAAAAGAUGGCAAAGAUUAUAUAACAAUUAAAAACUUUAAACUAGAGAACGAAGCGCUCGGUCCCAUUUUAUUUGACUUCAAAAACCUAUUCAAUGGGCAAAAAGACUUAUCUGACGCCGUCCACAAGUUCGCUAACGAAAAUUGGAAAGAAGUAGCCGAUCUAGUCCAAGACCCUGUAUUUUACACAACCAUCAAGAAAAUCGUGUCCAAUGUGAACAAAUACUUGAAAACCGUCCCUCUAGAAGACUUGAUGUUACAAUAACUGAAAAAGAAAAUAAAUAUAACGUGUAUGAUGUAACCAAAAAUUAAAUACAGAUAUGGG